AUGCCCCGGGCGGUGGCGAUUGCGCCGCUGUUCAACGGCUAUGAAGGCGGUCGCCACGGACUUCAAACCUGCCGCGUUGUGGCCGACGAGGCCCGAUCCUGA